GAAAUAAUAUAAUCAGCUCAUGAUUUUUUUUUUUCUUAAUCAAAUGAGCGACUGACUGGCUCUCUUCUUAAUCUCCACAUCUGUGUCAAAAGAUCAGUAACAGAAUCCAUCCAUCCUUAGAGAGAAGCAAUAAACUGAAGAAUUUGUUUGAAAAUGGGAUAGUGUGUGUGGGAUCACCAACCAAAUUCCAGAUUAAACUGGGCAUGAGAUAAAUUACAUCUGUGGACCAAUUGUAUUAUCUCCUUGUUUGAAAAAUCUUACCUUCUUUUGAACCCAAGUCAUGAGUUGGAUGUUCCUCAGGGACCUCCUAACUGGAGUAAACAAAUACUCAACCGGGAUUGGGCGGAUUUGGCUUGCUGUUGUGUUCAUCUUCCGUUUGCUGGUCUACAUGGUGGCGGCAGAGCAUGUGUGGAAAGAUGAGCAGAGAGAGUUUGCGUGCAACGUUAAACAGCCUGGUUGUGAAAAUGUGUGUUUUGAUCACUUCUUCCCCAUCUCCCAGGUCAGACUUUGGGCCUUACAACUGGUCAUGGUCUCCACGCCUUCACUUCUGGUGGUUCUACAUGUAGCCUAUCGUGAGGGUAGAGAGAAAAGGCACAGAAAGAAACUCUAUGUCAGCCCAGGUAUGAUGGAUGGGGGCCUGUGGUACACUUACCUUAUCAGCCUUAUUGUUAAAACUGGUUUUGAAAUUGGCUUCCUGGCUUUAUUUUACAAACUGUAUGAUGGCUUUAGUGUUCCCUACCUUAUGAAGUGUGAUUUGAAGCCUUGUCCCAACACUGUGGACUGCUUCAUCUCCAAACCCACUGAGAAAACGAUCUUCAUACUCUUCUUGGUUAUUACCUCAUGCCUGUGCAUUGUGUUGAAUUUCAUCGAACUGAGCUUUUUGGUUCUCAAGUGCCUUAUUAAGUGCUGUCUCCAAAAAUACUCUAAAAGACUCAAGUCCUCAGCAUGUGAGUGCCACAACCUCAGAUAUGUUGAAUGUGGUGAGAUAGGGGCUCCUCCCCUGCUCCAGAAUCGCCAUUCAGAUUUGGCCGUGAGCUCACCCCAGCGAGGUGAAACAAAGCUGCUUUUUGAUGUACAAGAGGGUUAGACAAGGAGAACCUGCAUCCUUUCUAAGCAAGACCUGGGCUACAUUGGAAAACAAAGGGCGUCAGCCUUUAUGUCACUUGGGACAUUUUUUAAAAUUUUCAAUAUGUGCUCAGUUGUAUACACUAGACAGAGAUCUCAUUGUUGUAGGAUUCAAGUAUGUAUGUGAGUUGUGUUUGAAUAGUUAAUUGCAAAUUAGUCUGAAGAAAUUCAACAAGCAGCAUUCUCUUAAAUGCUUAGAUCUGUCAACUGGAAAAUAUAAAAUGUGACAGUUCUGAAAAAUGUGAUGGCCUCCAAGCUGAGGUUAAGUGCUGGCGGUCUUUCCAUAGUGGCAGCCGAGGCUCCCCUCACUCAGCCCUGCUUAAUCUUUGCAGAGAAAGAGCAUGUUGAGGGUGGGGCAGCAGCUAACCAAGGACACAAAAAAGCACACACAGUGACACUCAGUGAGAAGGCCUGGCUUGGGGAAAUGACCACAGAGCCCAGGACUCUGCAGGUUAGGGCUCCCUGGAUAUAAGUGGAGUAGGGGAGAGGGAAGAAAGCCAUCAUCUGUGGUCUCCCAAGUUGAUACAAAUAUUACUGGGAGAUAUUCUGCUUAAGCCUGAACUAGGAGACACCUGAAAGGGUCACUCUAGAGUCACACAGGAAGGCAGGCCCCAUUGAGUACAUUGACCGGGAGCAGGGUAGGACCCAGAAAGAGAACAUACCUAACUUGAUAAUUACUUGACACUUCUACCACUGAACAUUGAAAUACUUUUUAAAUUUCUGUAUUUGUUGAACCUUUCUAUAAUCAGGAAUUCAGAAUGUAGUCUACAAUAUAUCAUAGUUUGCCCACAAUUUACUAGUACAUCUCUCUCUAGAAUAGAUAAUAAAAUGUGUACUAUGCUGUUACAUUGGUGUGGAAAAAUGCAAAAAAAAAGAUGUUUAUUAUUACUUGAUUUGGAGCCUAGCUUUUAGUUUAUUUUUAUUUUUUUUCCUUUAAAGAAAGAGAGAGAGAGAGAGAGAGAGAGAGAGAGAG